UUUCAGCAGAUGCUUCUGGUCUAUUUUACUCGUUAGACACUGACUAGGAGGAAGAACAGAAGCGAGAUUGCCACUUAGACCCUCUUGUAUUAGGCAAGUAAACGUCUAUCUCUGGCUCUUGGAGUCAAUCUUUCGUACAAGACGAAUAUCAGCAUGCUAGAACCAUCAUCCUGGAAUGUUGCGACUCCUUUGGGCUGCUGGCUCGUCCUGGAAGUAGCCUUUGCCGUCCUUUUUUAUACGUAUAUGGUGCCAAAAGCGAACCAACGGACAGCUCCGCAUCCUUAUCGCGAUUAUGGGAGUUCCCAACACUUACUACUCAUUCGCAUUCUCGAUCGCAUCGCUUCGACGUCACACCAAACAGGCCGUGAUUCACGGGAAGCGCUGACGGACUUUCUCUAUGACUGGUUUACGCCCAUGAAUUGUACGAAGGCCUCCAUGCCCGAUGCAGUAAAGAAGAAAAUCCUACCGAUCGCGAGAAGAAGUGGGCAUCCUCCUCCACUAGCUCCGCUCCAAUCUUCGAGUAUGUCAUCGUCAGCUUCCGACACAAGCAGCGUGGGCAGCGGUGACGAAGAAGACGACUGCGAUAAUUCGAUAGAGACCUGGUCAAUUGAUGGCUUGCAAAGAGAAGACAUGAACAAUUUUUUUGCUUGGGCGUUUUUCGGAAAGAAUGUGUCGGAAAUGGAAUCCUGUGAACAUGUUGAAAUGGACGAGUGCUUCCGAGUCAUAGAGGAACGCAUGGGUCUCGUAUUCUUACCGGGCUCGGGUGGAUGCUACCAGCCGCGACGGUUAUCACUAGAGGAUGUGUACCCCAUACACAGGCCACUGCUUGUAUAUGUGGCCAUUCUUCUUUUGAAACUAGCAGCCUCUUUUCUUCUUUGGGCGUUGGGGUACCGACGAGUGGUUGCCAAAGAAUCAGGACUCGCCGGUUGGUACCGCCCGGCACAAAAAGGUUCAGACAAGCUUUUACCGCUUUUGUUCUUCCAUGGAAUUGCCCCGGGUGGUCUUGUGCUGUACUUGCCCAUGAUUCUCUGUGGCUUGGCCAUCGACGGCCGAGCCGUGUUUUUGUUUGAAAACCGAUCCAUAUCGUGCGAACUUGGCUUUCAGGCCGUGACAGAACGCGAGACCGUCACCGGAGUUUCCGAAAUUGUCAACAAGCACCUGGGUACCGAGCAAGAUUUGCUCUGCUGUGGUCAUUCGUUUGGUUCAUGUCUCUUAACUUGGCUUUUGUAUGACACAGAAUUCCGGGAUCGAAUUCGACAGUUUGUCUUGCUGGACCCCGUCACUAUUCUACUGAGUGAACCCGACGUGAUGGCUAACUUUUUGUAUUCACGGCGUGUUUCUAAAAUUCGCAUGCUGGCAAGUUCCGAGCUCUUUACGGAAUAUUACUUGCGACGACAUUUUUCGUGGUACAAUAGUGAACUGUGGUUGGACGAAUUGCCCAGCCAAACGCAUGUACUGCUGGCGUUGGCGGAGCGGGACGAAAUCGUGAAUGCUCCGAAGGUGAAAGAGCUGUACGACUUGUACCGUCAAGAGUAUAUAGCGGAUCGCGUACAACUCAUUUACUGGCCGGGCGCAGGUCACGCAAGUUGUGUUACGUCACCAAAGAAGUGGGAGGAGCUCCGUAUCCGCAUGUUGCAACAAGAAUUGUCCUUUUCACAGCAAAGGACGUGAAAUCGGUGUACACAUUAUUUUGUUUGAUUUAGUUUACGGUCAGUGUUUUAAGGUGCAAAAUUGUUCAACUUC